AUUAUAUCUUGAGAAAAUUGGCAUGCACAUUUUUUUUGCAAAUCGCCAUUGUGAAGCAUGUAUAACAUGACUGUUAAAUCAUUUGACUCUUUUUGUGCUCUUACCUACGAAAUUUACAUUUAAAUUUUCUUCUCACUAAAGGGAAGAUAUUUAGAUCUUAUUUAAUGUAUAACGAGCCGCAAAAAUGUAAUAUGACGCAUGUUCCACUGCGGAAGUUAAAUCAGUCAACAUAAACUUUGUGAAAGAUAAAAUGUAAUAUUAUCGUUGUACAAAUACGUUCUUAAAUAAUUGUAUUCUUUUAGGAUUCAUUGAAGAAGGCGGACGAUGGAAAAACGUGACAUGAUGAUGGGGGAAUUUCGUUUUGUAAUUUUAAUAUUAUGUGUAUAUCUAUGUUCCAUUAGGUUUAUUCAUGGACAAAAUGUACUAUCGAGGCGUGCGAUCACAUCGACAUUGCUCGAUCCAUCAAAAUAUGAUUCCAACAUCGUGCCAGACUUCGAUGAAGAGUAUCCUACAAAUGUGACGAUUCAAAUUACUAUACAUGACAUGCAUUCAAUCAGUGAGACUACAAUGGAAUAUUCAGUGGACGUUUACUUACGAAUGUGGUGGCGUGACGAGAGACUAGAUUUCAGCGGCUUAAGCAACAUUUCAAAAUUAGAAUUGGAUUCAAAGUCUCUAGGAAAUGUUUGGCAGCCUGAUAUAUUCUUUGAAAAUGAGAAAAGAGCGACUGUCCAUUCGGUGACUACGACAAACAAACUGGUUCAUAUCCUUAGAAAUGGAACAGUGGUAUAUAGCAUAAGGUUAUCGUUGGCACUGAGCUGUACAAUGUUGUUACAAUAUUACCCAUUCGACAGUCAACGGUGUCCACUAAUUAUACAAAGCUUUGGUUACACACAGGAUAACAUUAAUUUGGAUUGGUAUAAAAUAAGCCCAGUAUCAGCUGAAAAUCUUGAGAUGCCACAGUUUGAACUGGCGGAGGACGAUAUCACAACGUCGGAUUACAGCUCCCCUUAUUCUCAAACCGGCACUUUUUCGACAUUAAAGGCAGAGCUUCACCUUACCAGAAAAGUCGGGUUUUACUUCUUACAAGUGUUUGUACCAGCCGUUCUCUUAGUUGUCUUAUCUUGGGUAUCUUUCUGGGUUGACCCAAAUGCUGUACCUGCACGGGUUUCUCUCGGUGUCACGUGUGUACUGACGAUGACAACACAGAGCGCGGGUAUACGGCAGUCACUUCCACCAGUGUCCUAUGUGAAAGCAAUCGAUGUUUGGAUGUUUGUAUGUUUGCUGUUUGUAUUUGCGGCAUUGUUAGAGUUCGCCUAUGUUAACGUUCUUCUACGAAGGAAAGCCCCAGUGAGCCAUGAAGCAUAUGAGUUGAGAAAAACAGAUGGUGAGGAUACUAAAAAUGAAAAAGACGAGGUCAAAGGCAGAGGUGCAAAAAUACUGGAAUUUAUUCGAAGUCCUGCCCCGGAUGCAAAGACGAAAGCAAAGAGAGUCGACAUUGUAUCAAGAUUUUUGUUCCCAAUUUCAUUCAUUUUAUUUCUCAUCAUAUUUUUUAUGGUUUGUGGGUUGGCCAAACAUCCACCCCCAGACGACGAUUAGUGGUUACUGGCACUCUAACAUAAUCAUUUAAUAAAACAUUGAAUGUGA